UUAAUGUGUUCGUUGUUGUAGUGAAAUGUUUUUCGGGUGGAACCAUAGCUAAAUUGCAAACGUCAGUCAGUUUCCUUUUGAAAACAUUUGCGGUACAUAAAUAAUUAUAAUAUUUUAAUAAAAUGUCGCGAAAUAAUACGGCCCAAAGCGGUGGAUCAUCUGUACAAACCUACAAAUUAGUAAUUGUUGGAGGUGGUGGUGUGGGAAAAUCGGCAUUAACAAUACAGUUUAUUCAGAGCUACUUUGUAACUGACUAUGAUCCCACUAUUGAAGACUCUUAUACCAAACAAUGUGUCAUCGAUGACAUCCCAGCCAAGUUAGAUAUUUUGGAUACUGCCGGUCAAGAGGAAUUUAGUGCUAUGCGUGAGCAGUAUAUGCGCUCUGGUGAGGGUUUCCUGCUUGUGUUUGCUCUAAACGAUCAUUCCAGCUUUGAUGAGAUACCGAAAUUCCAGAAGCAAAUCCUACGCGUCAAGGAUCGUGAUGAAUUUCCCAUGUUGAUGGUUGGCAACAAAUGCGAUUUGGAACAACAUCGACAAGUGUCAUUGGAGGAGGCGCAAAACGUAAGCAGAAAUCUCAUGAUACCGUACAUUGAAUGCAGCGCAAAGGCGCGUGUCAAUGUGGAUCAAGCUUUUCAUGAGCUUGUGCGAAUCGUGCGGAAAUUUCAAUUAGCCGAACGUCCAUUCUUGGAGGAGAGCUACAAUAGGAAAAGCAAGCGAAAAUGUUGCGUAUUGUAAUGCGAUAUUAGGAAACAUUUAAAAGCUAGACAGAAGUUAGAGAGUGGAAGACGGUACAUGAUUUUUUCGAGGAUUAACAAUAAUUUUCGAUAUCGAAGUGGAAUUGAUGAAAAAUGCUGCCAAUAAACUGAAUUACAUAAAGAAUUACUUCUUCAAAAACAUGAAAACACACACACAAACAUAAAAAAAUCCAUACUAAUUGUAUAAGUGAGUGGAAAACAAGUGUAACUCAUAGUAGCAGCAAACAACGGUACAUGUGCAAUACGAGAGGAAGAAAAUAUUAUAAAGCGUACCACUUGAAAACUUGAACAAUCUGUGUAUACACGUAACUAAAAACAGUUUAUGAUAAUACAUUUAUUGAAACGCUACAUUUAUUGUACAAAAACGAAAUUCUAAUGCAAGCCACCAGAGUCCAUAGUAUAUACCGAACAGAGCAAAGAGUAAGCUAAAUGUGCUUUGCCACACUAAAUCAACGAAAAUAUCGAAUACCGCCAAAAAUAUUUAAUGUUUUUUAUUAAUCAAAUUAAUAAGUCAGUGAAAAACUUGUUAACCAAAUUUACGCUAAACGCUAAAAAAUCAAAACACCAAUUAAAAUUUUAUACACAUAUUAAAUUAAGGAAAUGAAAAAAAUAAUAUAUAUAUGUUUGUGAAUUUUAUAAACUAAUUAUGUACAACGUCAGGCGAUUAAAAUGUUUAACUAAUAA